CUCUGUUUCAUACAUAGCCCUGGCUUAGAUAAAAAAGAGUUCUUCAGGAGAGCGGAAAAAUCAGAGCACUUGUACUAUCCGUGAAAUGUGUAGAAGGAUAACAGAAGCUACCCUCCUCAAAAAAAAUGAUGAGUUUGAUGAAAAGAAAUUAACAAGCUGUGUGGGUGUGCUGCACAUGAUCAGCCAUGCCUGCUAAGUCUGUCUGUUGGUUGUUGCUAUGGCUACGAAAAGCCAGUGGAACCCAAUGAGCUGUCUGCAGCGGUGCUGAGAGGACCAGCCAUUUUACUUAUGGAAAACAGUGUGGCAUAUUCUGCUGAGCCUCCCCCUGGAAGAAGCCUCUUUUAUACAUCUCUUCGGGGAAGACAGAAGCAAUGGGCAUAUUAAUACACAAUGAUCACAGCCACGCAGGCCUGCAAGCUGCCAUUUGGACAGGCUGUUGACUGCUGUUCCAAUUAGCUGAUUGGAGAAUGUGGAAUGCAGAGUGAUAAUGCUGCGUGUCUGCUAUCAGGCAGCAGCAAAGGUUUUUGUCUUGGGAAGGCAAGCUUUCCCUGCAACAUUAUCUCAGCAGCUCCCUAGCCGCUCACCCUGAAAACGAGGGAUCCAAACGGAGGCUGUUGCCCUCUGCUGAGGCUGGUCCUGUGCGUGGCUGUGGCAUAUGAGCGGCAGGUCUGAAAAAGCAGGUGUGUGCUCGGACGGGCGCUGGACUGGAACGCAGGCGGACGCUCCCCAGUUUACCUGCUUCCUGUUAACAAACUGUGGGCUCCCAGGGCAUAGCCUGCAGGCUGAGGCUGAGGCGGAGAAGGGGCUUCCCACUACUCUAACAGAGACACUUGGAUUGGACUUAAUCUGAAACCUCUGGAGUUCAAGACCUUUUAAAAAGGGCUAAAUAAACAAUCUCUACAUGUAAAAGGCCACUGACUCCUACUUCCUCUGUCCAGAGCAACUGCUGAACUCAGCUGCCUGUAGGAAAACUGAAGACUUUAAUACCAAAGUCUCCAAGGUCAGAAUGAACACAGAUAGUGGUGGGUCUGCUCGCAAACGUGCCGCCAUGUCUGUCACGCUAACAUCUGUGAAGAGAGUGCAAAGUUCUCCAAACCUCUUGGCCGCAGGGCGUGAUUCUCAGUCACCAGACUCAGCUUGGAGAUCUUACCAUGGCAAUCAAGAGGCACUGAACGGAGAUGCUACAUAUUCCUCUCUUGCAGCAAAAGGUUUUAGAAGCGUUCGACCGAACCUACAAGAUAAAAGAUCACCAACUCAGAUAGCUCCCCUUUCAGGGCAGGAUCCUGAAAGCCACCAACGGCUACCUGAGCUUCCGCCAGAGACUGCAAAGAUACCUCUUCAGCAAGAGAGACAAAAAUCUGCGGUUGCAGCGGCCUCGCAGUCCUCAGACUGCAGGGUGCUUGGAAAUCAGAACUUACCUGCCAGUGUGUGGGAGGUAAACGCUUCCCAGACACACAGACAAACCACACCAGAAGCCUCUCCUCCAUGCCCUCCUUCCGUGGUACCUUUGAACCGAGCCACUUUCUCACCAGGCAGUGUUGCCAGCUCAGCACCACUUAGCCUUCCACCACCCGAUGGUUUGGGGUCUUCCCGCCUGCAUACACCCCAGAGCCUUUCCCAUUGCUUAUACAAACACCUGCUCCCAGCUCCAGAAGGCCUUAUCCGCAGCCACGACGCAGGUUCUCUGACUACAGACUCCUCCCUGGCCGAGCACUCCUCCCGCUCGGAGAGCGAGUCCUCCACAGCCAUGCUAGAGGAGCUGCAGAUCGGUGACUCUGACACCACUGGCCGUUCUGAGACACCCUCCCCGACCUGGGGUCAGAGGUCUGCUGUGACAGAUGGCACCACCUUAACCACCCCUGCGGCCAUUCAUAGCCAGAUAACAGUGAAUGGAAACUCUGGAGGUGCCGUGAGUCCCAUGAGUUACUAUCAGAGGCCGUUUUCCCCCUCAGCAUAUUCUCUGCCAGCCUCACUCAACUCCAGCAUUGUCAUGCAGCACGGCACGUCCCUUGAUUCCGCAGAGACAUAUCCCCAGCAUGCACAGUCUCUGGACGGCACCAGCAGCAGCUCUAUCCCACUGUACCGAUCUUCAGAGGAAGAGAAGAGGGUGACGGUCAUCAAAGCCCCACAUUACCCAGGGAUUGGGCCCGUGGAUGAAUCCGGAAUCCCCACAGCAAUUAGAACGACAGUCGACCGGCCGAAGGACUGGUACAAGACGAUGUUUAAGCAGAUUCACAUGGUGCACAAGCCCGAUGACGACACAGACAUGUAUAAUACUCCUUAUGCAUAUAAUGCAGGUCUGUACAACCCACCGUACAGUGCUCAGUCACACCCUGCUGCAAAGACCCAAACCUACAGACCUCUUUCCAAAAGCCACUCCGACAACAGCACCCAUGCCUUUAAGGAUGCGUCCUCCCCAGUGCCUCCCCCACAUGUUCCCCCUCCAGUCCCACCGCUUCGACCAAGAGAUCGGUCUUCAACAGAAAAGCAUGACUGGGAUCCUCCAGACAGAAAAGUGGACACAAGAAAAUUUCGGUCUGAGCCAAGGAGUAUUUUUGAAUAUGAACCUGGCAAGUCAUCGAUCCUGCAGCAUGAAAGACCACCCCCUCUCCCAACAACUCCGACACCUGUUCCAAGGGAACCUGGCCUGAAGCCUCUUUCUAGCUCCGGCGGAGGAGUCGCUGCGAGCCCCUCCCCUCCGCCCCGGAGUGGCGCCCCCACGCCAAGCGCGCGCGCCCCGGCUCUGCCUCCCACCCGGACUGAUCGCAUAAAUCCAGAUGACAUAGAUUUAGAAAAUGAGCCCUGGUAUAAAUUCUUUUCAGAACUGGAGUUUGGACGCCCGCCUCCUAAAAAGCCUCUGGACUAUGUUCAAGAUCAUUCUUCUGGUGUUUUCAAUGAGGCCUCCUUGUAUCAGUCCUCCAUAGACAGAAGCCUGGAGAGACCCAUGAGUUCUGCAAGCUCAGCCAGUGACUUCAGGAAACGGAGGAAGAGCGAGCCUGCGGUGGGUCCACCACGGGGCCUGGGAGAUCAAAGGACCAGCCCCGGCCGAGCAGACCUCCCCGGAUCGAGCACCACCCUUACAAAGUCUUUCACUAGUUCUUCUCCUUCUUCCCCAUCGAGAGCAAAAGGUGGGGAUGAUAGCAAAAUGUGUCCAUCCCUUUGCAGUUACUCAGGGCUCGACGGCAACCCCCCAAGUGAGUUAGAUUACUGUAGCACUUACAGACAGCUCUUGGACGUCCCUCGGGACUCACCAAGGGCCAUUACUUUCAAGAAUGGCUGGCAAAUGGCCCGGCAAAACGCAGAAAUCUGGAGCAGCACGGAAGAAACCGUUUCUCCCAAAAUCAAAUCCCGUAGCUGUGACGAUCUCCUAAAUGAUGACUGCGAUAGCUUCCCGGACCCGAAAAUCAAGUCAGAAAGCAUGGGCUCCCUGUUAUGUGACAAGGACUCCAAAGGGAGCUGCGCCAUCACCUGGGGGUCCCCCUACAUCCAGGAGGUUCGCAGUAACGGCAGAUCGAGGAUCAGACACCGGUCAGCCCACAACGCCCCGGGGUUCCUGAAAAUGUACAAGAAAAUGCACCGCAUUAACCGCAAGGAUCUGAUGAAUUCCGAGGUGAUCUGCUCCGUGAAGUCCAGGAUCCUGCAGUAUGAGAACGAGCAGCAGCCCAAGGGCCUGGGGCACGCGUGGAGCCAGUCCUCCACGGAGGAGGUGCCCCGGGACAUGGUGCCCACGCGCAUUUCCGAAUUCGAAAAGCUGAUUCAGAAAUCCAAAUCCAUGCCCAACUUAGGGGAUGACGCGCUCUCUCCCGUGACCCUAGAACCGCCACGAAACGGCUUGUGUCCCAAGAGGCGAUUUUCCAUCGAGUAUUUGCUGGAGGACGAAGAUGAAGGCGGGCGCCCCGCUCCGGCCCCGCGAGGCUGCGCGUCGAACGCGCUGGUGCCCAUUCACAUCGAGGUCACCAGCCACGAGCAGCCCAGAGCCCACGUGGAGUUUUCCGACAGCGACCAGGACGGGGUCGUGUCUGACCACAGCGACUACAUCCACGUGGAGGGGUCAUCGUUCUGCAGCGAGAGCGACCUCGAUCACUUUUCCUUCACGUCCUCUGAAAGCUUUUACGGAUCCAGCCACCACCACCAUCACCACCACCACCAUCACCACCACCACCGGCACCUCAUCAGCUCCUGCAAAGGCAGGUGCCCGGCCUCCUACACGCGAUUUACCACGAUGCUGAAACACGAAAGGGCCAGACACGAAAACACGGAGGAGCCCAGAAGGCCAGAGAUGGACCCCGGCCUUUCCAAACUCGCUUUUCUAGUCAGUCCUGUGCCUUUCCGGAGGAAAAGAAAUUCGGCUCCUAAGAAACAGACUGAGAAGGCGAAAUGCAAGGCGUCCGUGUUUGAGGCUCUCGACUCUGCCCUUAAAGACAUCUGUGACCAGAUCAAAGCUGAGAAGAAGAGGGGGAGCUUGCCCGACAACAGCAUCUUGCACCGCCUCAUCAGCGAGCUGCUGCCCGAUGUCCCCGAGAGGAACUCGUCCCUGAGCGUGCUGAGGAGGAGCCCCCUGCACCUGCCUCUCCACCCGCUGCCCCCCGAUGGUGCUAUCCAUUGCCCACCCUACCAGAACGAUGGCGGGAGAACGCCUCUCAGUGCCUCUUUCCAAGACGUGGACACGGCCAGCAACAGCUACCACCCCCAAGACCGUGGCGGCACCCUCCAAGACCGUGAGUCCCCUAGAAGUUACUCAUCCACUUUGACUGACAUGGGAAGAAGUGGGCCAAGGGAAAGAAGAGGAACUCCAGAAAAAGAGAAAUUGCCUGCAAAAGCUGUUUAUGAUUUUAAGGCUCAGACAUCUAAGGAGUUGUCUUUUAAGAAAGGAGAUACUGUCUACAUUCUCAGGAAAAUUGAUCAAAAUUGGUAUGAGGGAGAACACCAUGGAAGAGUGGGCAUUUUCCCAAUCUCAUACGUAGAGAAACUCACGCCUCCUGAGAAAGCACAGCCGGCAAGACCGCCUCCGCCAGCCCAGCCUGGGGAGAUCGGAGAAGCUAUAGCCAAAUACAACUUCAGCGCAGACACCAACGUGGAGCUGUCACUCAGAAAGGGGGAUAGAGUUAUUCUUCUUAAAAGAGUUGAUCAAAACUGGUAUGAAGGUAAAAUCCCAGGAGCCAACAGACAAGGCAUCUUCCCUGUUUCCUAUGUGGAAGUCGUCAAGAAGAACACGAAAGGUGCUGAGGAUUACCCCGACCCUCCAAUGCCCCACAGCUAUUCUAGUGAUAGGAUUCACAGUCUGAGCUCAAAUAAGCUGGCUUCCAGUGAACCAGCCCCUCCUCCCACCCACACAGCCUCACCUGGCUCACAUAAAGGAGCUCUCUGGGGAACUGCCCAGGGCCGGGUGUCCCUGACAGCCUCAUGUCCACCAGCAAACACUUUGGCCCCAACACCACCUCCUUCCCUGGACAACUUCUUGGAUGAAUUGGAGAAGCUUGGUGCUUUAGCCUUGUCAGCUGACCAAGCCGAACCAAACAUCCUAGAGGACCUCAGCCUGGAAAUUAAGGAGGAACCUGCUGUCCCCCUCCCGUUGCCUCCAGCGUCUGCGCCGGCUGAGUCCCCUUCCGCUGGCGCAGGCCAGCCUUACCAUGCAGAGCGAUUUCGGGAUCCCAUAACCACAACUCAAAGCAAAUUUGCAGAUUUGAGAAAAAUGAGAAGGGGCUUUUCAGACCCUAAGAAGGUGCCAGAAGUCCUAGGGGAUAAGUCUGUGGCCUCUGCAUGCCCCAGCGUGGGUUCCUUGCCCACACCCCUUCCCGUCAUCGGAGAGGAAGAUGAGGCCGCCUAUGAGGGGAUGGUGUCAGGCAUCCAGAGGGGGCCAGGACCUCAGGAAGGAGAUGCCUGGUGGUGUGGCCACAAUGGGACAGAGGGGACCCUACACCUGCACAUUGAAGAGGAGGAGGAAGAGGAGAAACCUGACUCCUUAGCCACCCCCCCAGAUUCUAGGAUCCCCAAGGAGGACAGCAAUGCAGCAGAAACCAGUAAUGAGCCACCACCGUUUUCUUCGGGAGAGCGAGCCGCCACACCCUUUCCCAGCCACCUGCUUUCUUCCCCUCCAUUUCAUUCUCUCUUGGCCUCUGUGCCUGACCUGGACUCUACACUUUCUCAGCCCUGCUCACCUCCUCUCCUCCCUAAACAUUCUUAUCAACAGGAGAUCAAUCCACCAAAAUUAAAGGCUGACCUAAAAAGCGAGAUAUGUGUCCUGGGUAAGCCUCCUCGCAGCCCAGUGAUGUCUAGGAGAUCGUGCGGCUCGCCUGUCAGAGGGCUCAGCAGUUCCCACAGGCCACAGCGUCCUGUGUUUACUCAUGAAAAUAUUCAAGGUGGGGGGGAACCGUUUCAGGCUCUGUAUAACUACACUCCCAGGAACGAAGACGAGCUGGAGCUCAGAGAAAGUGACGUCAUUGAUGUGAUGGAAAAGUGCGACGAUGGCUGGUUUGUGGGAACCUCAAGAAGAACCAAAUUCUUUGGUACCUUCCCCGGAAACUACGUCAAGAGGCUGUAAAUGACUCUCCCUCCUUCUGUAGGCCGCCUUUCAGCCACACACCUGCGUCACCGCGCCUCAGACACCCCGCGGGCCUCCCUCUGUCAUGCCUUACGGUUUCCAAUGGGCUGUCACCAUCUCCACCUGCCAGCAAACCACCAGCAGAGUAACUGCCACUGCUGUGAGCCUGGGGCCGACAUGGCAGGCUGGCCUCGCGGUGAAAGUGCGGAUUCCUACUUUCUGCUUUAAGCUUUGACACAUCAGAAUGUGGGAUCAGAAAGAAAAUCAUGAUACUUAAAAAUGGUUAAAUACUUGAGGCAAAAAAAAAAAAAACAAGCAUCCCCAGGAGGCUCUCCAGCCUCAUGGCUCUAUUUCAACAUCUCCCCCGCCCCCGGGCGAUGUUUUCCCCACAACAAGCAGAAAAUCGUUUAUUGGGAAAUGCUGUGGUUCGCAUUUUCACAUUCUUAGCUUGGCAGUGUAUAUUCUUUUCACAAGUUUGCCUAGUGUCUUGGUUUACACCAUAUGACAACUGUAACUGUACUUUAAAAAUCGUUUGCCUGCACAUAUAUGUGGUAAUAUGCACAGUGAUUACAACCUUUGAAGCAGGAGGAGGAAAGUUCAUCUGGAUGAGUGCGAUUUUGUUGGCUGAAUGUGAGUUUUCAAAUAGGAAUCUUCUUCUGCAAGUUUUUUUUUGCACUUUUUAGAAGUGCAAAGAAUAAAUGAAUAAGAGCCUUUGUUAAUAACCAUGACAAUACAAGAGGCUGAGCCAGACUACAGGGGAAAACGAUUGUGUUGUAAAGUUGCGUCGCUAUUUUAUAUUAAAAUGUAAUGAUCAGCAUCAUGAACAAUGAGCUCUUAGUGUUUUAUUUAUCUGAAAAAAAUGUAAGUAAAAGCAGUGUUAGCGCGAGGUGCAAAGAAUUAUUCUAACAUAGACACUUGAAAGUAUCUGUAAGCAAUACUAGUAGGUAAGAUUUCACUGUGUGUACACAUACACAUUUGAGAUUGUAUAAGAACAUAUAAUCCAUAUGAUAUGUUGUACAUUUUAUGGAAAUGUAAUAGAAUCUCACAGGUUAUUUUAUAGAAAUAGAGUACAGAAGCAUCACAACUAUUAAGGUUGGUUUUAGCAAGGAUUGUGAUUAAUACAAUUAUUUUUACUAUAAUAAUUAUUUUUCUUCCAUGGGACUCAGAAUCCUGGCUACAUUUGAGGGCAGGGAUAUGUUGAGCCUGAUUUUCCUGGUGUGUGUAAAACAUUUCCCAGGAAUAAAUUAGGCACUUUUUAGAAACAAAAUUAAAUCAUUCAGGUUGUAUUUUCUGCCCUGAAAAUAAAAGCAGAAAUUUACAAAAUGAUAUUGGGACCUGAAGGAUUUAAUAUAGUUCACAGUGCCUACAUUACACAUACUCCGAGAACUAGCUUUGGAUUUCUUAUGACUUUGCAUAAGAACUACUCAUCUUUGGAUCUUGAGCACCUUAUAGAUAAAACUUUUUAUGGCAUUUCUCCCGUGGACAGUGAGUGAUCUUUUCACAAUGUACGUAGCCUCUAGAAUUUUGUACAUAUGUUUGCUCUUUUUUUGUACAGACUAUUUAGUUGCUGAGAAAACAGGGGAGUUUCCUGAUUUGCUCUUUAUCCUGCAACACUUUCAGCAGAUCAGCCUUUCCCUGUCUCACAGAUCACAAGCACCCCUAGAUAGUGUCAUUCUGUCAGAGAGCAUUUAUGCAAAAAUCUAUGAAGUACGGCCGGGCGCGGUGGCUCCUGCCUGUAAUCCCAGCACUUUGGGAGGCCGAGACGGGUGGAUCACGAGGUCAACAGAUCGAGACCAUCCUGGUCAACAUGGUGAAACCCUGUCUCUACUAAAAAUACAAAAAAUUAGCUGGGCAUGGUGGCGCGUGCCUGUAAUCCCCGCUACUCGGGAGGCUGAGGCAGGAGAAUUGCCUGAACCCAGAGGCGGAGGUUGCGGUGAGCCGAGGUCGCGCCAUUGCACUCCAGCCUCGGUAACAAGAGCGAAACUCUGUCUCAAAAAAAAAAAAAAAAAUCUAUGAAGUUAAAAGAUCGUAGAAGCCAAACUGAGAUGUACAUAUACACAGACUGAUUUCAUUAGGAAGAAGGUAAAGAAACAUCUCUGAGUAGCCUACCUUGAUUUCUGUCAAGUUCACAACCAGCUUUAUAUUUUAAAGGCUUUGGGUUUGAAAUUAAAUCAAGUGCAUGCAGCUUUGCUGAUAAAUGAAUAAUUAUCUUUGAUGCCGUUUCUGGGAAAAAACUUCAAUAUCUGUUGCCUGUCAUAUUUAAGAAAAAUGACUGUUUCUACUCUCUGUAUCUGAUUUUAAAAGAAAAAAAUAUUCAUGCCUGGCUUCCAGGCAUUGACUUUGAAUUCGUACAAGCAAAGGUCGUUGUGUUUUUCUUGAAUAGACAUCUAAUAAAUUUUGCUUGGAAGUAUA